GAGGGAAUUUUUUUUUUUUUUUCGGGAUUUUCAGCCCCGCAAAGCCCAGCCAUGGCUCUCCGCCGCUCGUCCCGGCUCCGUGCCUCGGGCUCCUCCUCGGGCUCCUCCUCCGGCCCCGCUCCGGGCUCGGCCUCUCGGAGCAGCUCCCCCCGCAGCCCGGAGUUCCAGGAGGAUUCCGACUCCGGCAGCGACUUCGAGGCCUCCCUGCGCCCCCGGAGCAAGCGGGGACCGCCCCGAGGAGCCCCCAGGAGCCUCGCCCCGAAGCGCUCCCGCCGCUCCGGUGGGGAUGGGAGGGAUCUGGAGCAGAAUUCCCCGGAGCAGAAUUCCCUGGAGCAGAAUUCCCUCUUCGAGGCCGUUUUUUCUGGAAAAGUGGCCACGGAGACCCUGGUGGACGAGUGGCUGGAGUGGUACCGGCGGGACCAGGAGGCCGCGUUCCUGGAGCUGCUCAACUUCACCGUGCGCUCCUGCGGCUGCCGGGGCGUGGUGAGCCCGGAGAUGUUCCGGGAGCUGCAGAACUCCGAGAUCAUCCGCAGGCUCACCGAGACCUUCCAGGAGGACUCCCCCGAGUACCCUUUGUCCCAGAGCUCCCGUCCCUGGCGCCGGUUCCGUUCCGGUUUCUGUGACCUGCUGGCCGUUCUGGUGCGCCGGGGGCAGCACCGGGAGCUGCAGGACGGCUUCCUCAUGGGCUCGUGGCUGGCGUUCCUCACCGGCCUGGCCGACUCGCAGGUGCGGCCCUUCCGCCACACCGGCACCCUGGCAGCCCUGAAGCUGAUGAGCUCGCUGGUGGAGGUGGCGCUGGCCCUGGGGCAGCAGCAGGAGAAUUGUCAGCGCCAGCUGGAGGCAGAGAGGGGCAAAGAGCCCGGCCGCAGGGGCAGCGAGCGCCUCGAGGGGCUCUGCCAGCAGCAGCUGCAGCUGCGGGAGCAGCAGGAGGAGCUGGAGCUGCUGAUGAACGGGAUCUUCAAGGGCGUCUUCGUGCAUCGCUACCGGGACGUGGUUCCCGAAAUCCGCGGGAUCUGCAUGGAGGAGCUGGGGCUGUGGGUGAGGAGGUUCCCGGCGUCCUUCCUGACUGACAGCCACCUCAAGUACCUGGGAUGGACCCUGCACGACAAGCAGGGGGAGGUGCGGCUGCGCUGCGUGAGGGCCCUGCAGGGCAUUUACGGAGCUCCCGAGAUGGCCCCGAGCCUCGAGCUCUUCACCCAGCGCUUCAAGCCCCGCCUGGUGGCCAUGGCUCACGACAAGGAGCCCCAGGUGGCCCUGGAGGUGCUGAGGCUGCUCACGGCCAUGGACAGGAACCUGGAGGAGGCGCUGAGCCCCGAGGAUUGCCAGAGCGUCUUCCCCGUGGCCUUCGUGUCCAGCCGCGCCCUGGCCUCGGCCGCCGGCCACUUCCUGUUCCAGAGGCUGCUGGACCCCGCCCGGCACGGCGCGGGCGCCGGCGACUCGCGGAGCUUCUUCCUCAGCCUGCUGCGCUUCUUCCUGCGCUGCCAGCUGCACGAGCACGCCGCCUACCUGGUGGAUUCUCUGUGGGACUGCGCCGGGAGCCGCCUGCGGGACUGGGGACACGGCCACGGCGCUGCUGCUGCAAACUGGGACCACCCUGCAGCUGCACGAGGAGAAGGCUCUGGUGGAGAUCCUGAGCUGCAGCGGGCUCCGCGUGUGCCUGGGGCAGCCCUCCGGUCGGCCGCAGCCUCGGACGGAAGCUGUCCCCCCGGGAGCGCCGCGAGCAGCGCGAGGAGCGAGCGCGCCUGAGCCGCAGCCUGAUCCCGCUGCUGCCCCAGCUCCUGCAGAAGGUUCCGGAACUCCGGGAAUUUGGGAAUUCUGGCACACUCUGGGACAUCGGGACCACUGAAGGGAUUUGGGAUUUUUGGGGAUAUUUGGGGUUUUUGGGCACUUUGGGGGGAUUCGAGCUGAGUUUUUCCUGGUUUUUUCCCCCCAAAAUUCUCAUUUUUCGUCACAAAUUCCCAUUUUUCCUCUGGAAUUCCCAAUUUUUUCCCCUAAAAUGUUUGUUUUUCCCAAAAUCCCUGUUUUCUUUCUCUAGAAUUCCCAUUUUUCACCCCCAAUCAGUCUACUUCAAAUCCUUCUUUUUCCUAUAAAAUUCUUUCUUUCUCCCUAAAAUAGUUUUUCUUCCCUAAAGUUCCUAUUUUUCCCCAAAAUUCACAUUUUUUUUCCCCAAAAAUUCCCCUUUUUUCUCCCAAAAUUCCAAUUUUUUUCCCCCAAAAUUCCUAUUCUCCCCCCAAAAUUCCCAAUUUUCCCCCCUCAAAUUCCCACUUUCCCCCCCCCGAAUUCCAUUUCCGCCCCAAAUUCCCAUUCCUCCCCCAAAAUUCCCAUUUUUCCCCCUACAUUCCCAAUUUUCCCUCCAAAAUUCCCACUCAUCCCCCAAAAUUACCAUUUUUUUCCCCAUAAUUCCCAAAUUUUCCCCCAAAAUUCCCCUUUUUUUUCUCCCAAAUUCCCAUUUUUCCCCCUAGAUUCCCAUUCCUCCCCCAAAAUAACCAUUUUUUUUCCCCAAAAUUACCAUUUUUCCCCCAAAAUUCCCAAUUUCCCCCCCCAAAUUCCCAUUUUUCCCCCCUAAUUCCCAUUUUUUCCCCUCAGGUCCCAAUUUUUCCCCUGAAAAUCCCAUUCCCCCCCCCAAAAAUUCCCUUUUUUCCUCCAAAAUCCCAAUUUUCCCCCCUGAAAUUCAUAAUUCCCCCCCCCCAAAUUCCAUUUUUUCCCCCCAAAAUCCACAUUUUCUUCCCCCAAAAUUCCCAUUUUCCCCCCAAAAUUUCCAUUUUUUUCCCCCAAAAUUCCCAUUUUUAUCCCCCCAA